AUGGCCUCGUCCGACGAUGAAGCGUCGCCUCCUCCUCACGAAGCAUCAUCUCUCUACGACUGGCCUGGUAGCAGCAAUGGCGUCACCCACACUCCCGGAAGUAUUCACACCACCGGUCUUCCUGUGCUACCACGCCCGUCUUCAGACAGUAGCUUAGAAACUUCUUCAUCCUCCGGCUCCCUAGAUCGACCCAACCGCUGGCCAGGGCCCUCGAGCACCUACCACGACUACAUCCAGCCUGAGCGCGCCUUGCUACAAUCACUCACCCAACAGCGCGCCAACAAUCUAAGCAUCCACCUCUACAAUGCCCACGCGCUCAAAGCCCGCGUCCGCGACCCAGAUGUGGCCACCUCAGACGUGAAACCAUACCACAGCAAGAAACGAUGGGUCCGACAGAACCCAGACGGAAGUACCUCAUGGCACCCGAAAGGCUACUGGACUGCCUGGCCAUUACCGGCCGAGGGCGUGCCGAGGGAGCGGGAGCAAUUUGGAGUGCCCUGGGAGGAUGUCCUGGACGCUGAUGGGUGUACGUUCAGGAUGGAGGAGGGCUGGAGGCCGGGGAGGGAGAUGGAGGAGGAGGUUUUGGCGAUUAUGUUGAGGUUGGGGAAGGAGAAGUGGAGGGAGAAGGUCGGGGAGGAGGAAGUCAGGGAUGAGCUGAAGGAGGAGGAUGAGGCGAUCGAGGUGGAGUCUGCGAUCGAGGUCGAGUCUGGAAGUCGAAACGAAGAGGGUGAUGGGGAUGACGAUGUUGAGAUGAAGGUGGAGAGUGGAGUUGAAGAAGUUGAGGACGACGGAGGUGAAGGGAGCGACCAGGGCUUCGACGGGGAAUUGCAUCAACCGUAUGUCGACCCUAAGUUCCUCGCAGACGAUGAUGAAGCCGCGCGGAUAUUGCAACCGAUGGUCUCGCACAUCAUGACCAAACUCGACGACCUCCUGCUCGGCCUCCACAAAAGCAACAAAGGCCGUCAGCGCUCUCAUCACGGCACACCUCGCUCGCGCUCUCGACAACGCCGCUCGAAGUCGAGGAAGCAUAGCCGCUCGAAGUCCAAAGCACGUACACCAAUCGACGAGGACGGCGAUGAAGACAUCUACGGCGAUGGGGACGAUGAUGCUCGUGCCGCCGAACCAGCAACCGACGAAAGCUCAGAAGAACGCACUCCUGGUCGCAAACCAAAGCGCGACCGCGCCCUCAACCUCCGCGACUGGAGCGAACUCCUCACCACAGCCUCCAUCACCGACUGGUCCCCCACCGUCGUCCAACGUACCGCUCAGCGCUGCGCCGACCUCUUCGGCGAAACCACCGGCUUCGGUCUCCUCGACACUCCCGCUGCCCAGCCUCACGUCGACCUCACAGCAGAAGAAAACCGCGACCAAGCUGCCGACGAAGCCUUCAUCAUCAAAGACGACCCCGAAGACGCGAUAAAAUGGUGGUACUGCCCCAUCGCGACCUGCAAACGCAAAGACGAGCCCAUGCGACACGGGUUCCGAUGGCGGGAGCAUUUGAAGCGGGUGCACAAGUAUUCGACGCGCGAUGUGGAGAGGAUGGAGGAGGCGGGCGCGUGGUAUGUUUUAGGGGGGAGGAGGAGAUAA